CUCUCUCUCUCUCUCUCAUAGAUACACUCAUAUAUAUAAGUACUUCAUAAUCCCUCCCAAUGGAAUCUCCAUUCACCUAGCAGAGCCUCAUGUCUAGCUAGCCUUUUCCUCCAUAUAAUAUCCUGAACCUUACGACGUCGAUUUUUCCGCUUUGUCAUAUGUAUGAGAUCGAUGGAGCUCCAACUUGGCCUGGCCCUUCCAGUUCACAGUCCACUGAAACUGAAAGGGUUCGACCUAAAUGAUCACGAGGUUGAAGUACUGAAUGAACCAGUUGCCUCUGAACCAUGGAGCUAUAGCAGCGGUUGUUUGAAAGGCGAAAAAUGGGUAAAAAACAAACGUAGUUCUGAGGAAGCCUUUGGAGACCUACCACAGAUCACAACCUUCCCCCUGACGUUGUGGAAUGGCCAGCCAAACGAGGACGAUGAUCGGAAAGGAGAAAAGAAGCCUCACAUCCUCGACAAGAAAGAAGAGGAAGAAAACCAUGUAGUGGGGUGGCCACCCAUUAAAUCAUGGAGGGUGAAGCAGCUCCACCAGCAUCAUGAUCAUGAUCAGAGUGGGCAGAUUAACAAUGCAGAUCGAACGUCGGCUCAUCAUCAGAGGAGUAGUACUGGUACUGGAUCAUCAAACUCUUUGUAUGUCAAGGUCAAGAUGAAGGGGGUAGCAAUUGCCAGAAAGAUUGAUCUAAGGCUCUACGACUCUUAUCAGGCUCUCACAAACAGCUUGAUCACCAUGUUUCCUAAUGGCCGCCAAAAUAUUGAUAAUGAUUGUGCAAGCUAUGCACUCACGUAUCAGGACAAGGACGGUGAUUGGCUGCUUGCCGGAGAUGUUCCUUGGCAAACUUUCACCGAAUCCGUGCAGCGUUUGGAGAUUCUGAGGAAUGUCGACGGUUGAUCGAUCAUGAGCUGGAUUAUGUUAACGUUGCUCUCUCUCUCUCUAUAUAUAUAUAUAUAUAUUAUACGACUUUUCUUAUGCAGUGGUUUAGCAAAUUAAGCGUAUGGUCUGUGAUAAGUGAUUGGGGAAAAAAAAAAUUUGAACUUAGUAUAGCAUUGUGCAGUAGAGCUUAGGCUAUCCAACAGAAAGGAAAGAAAAGCGAAGAGGAAAUCUAGCACAAUUGCCUUGUUUAAUUACCAGUUAUUUGUAUUUCGAGAAACCACAAGAAAAAACUAUGUGAUAUACUGAGUGUGUUUUC